CCAUUUUCUGCGCAGCACACGGACGCGGACCUUCACAUUUGGGUAAGAUAGGUUGUUUUAUGCACAGGUAUACAACAGAAGUUGAAUUACCCCGCCCUCCCCAUACACCACAAUUGAUGUACAGAUCAAUAACCCGGAUACUUCAAUACAGCGAUUCCUACCCGCCAUCGAGAGUGACUGGGACGGCUAACAACCGUGACCUUGCACUGACGUCACGGCCCGGCGGGUAUUGAGGCCUCACAACACGAACACACCCUGUUUCAGGCUGAGCGCGCACCGAACUCGGGGCAGAGAGAUUCGCCGCCAUAACAAAGAAUCCGGAUUUGCUAUCGGCUGUGGGAUGGCUGUCAUGAUGGACCCAACUGACGACGUGUCGGUGGAACUAGAGUGCAGCAUCUGUCUGGAGGUGUACAGGGACCCCAAGACACUCCCGUGCAUCCACUCCUUCUGCCGGGUAUGCAUCAUCAGACAUGUCGUCUGCCAGGCUCAGGUCUGUAAGCGGGAGAAGAGAUUCCACUGCCCUCUGUGUCGCAACCCAGUCUACAUCCCCAGACCUGAUGCCCCGGUAGAGAAGUGGGCAGAUCAGUUGCCCAACAACACCCAGAUCCCCGAUCUCAUCGCUAGUUUGAUGUGCAAGCAUCACCCGAAGAUGAUAGCAAGCUACUAUUGCAAGAAGUGCAAGUGCGUGACGUGUGAUGUGUGUCGUAAGGAAAGACACCCGUUAUGUGAAGACGAUUCGUUCUGCCCCUUGAAAGACAUAGCCUCAAAGAAGAAGAGUGACAUGACAGGACGACAGCAGCAGAUUGACGUGAAGUACAAACACAUGUCGGACAACGUGGACCUGAUCAAGUCUGUUGCCUCGGAGUUGCCUGGUGCGGAGGCCUUGUUGGUUAAAAGAAUCGAAGACCAGGCGAGAUCCCAUGUUCAAAGUGUACUUAAUGCAAAACGGAAUUUGCUGAGUAUGUUAGAGGCGUCUGUGGACCAACAGCUCGCUCUGCUCAAACACGCAAAGAACCCAGUAGACGAAGCGGCGGAUGUGUUAAACCAUUAUAAAUCUGAAGCUGACCACGUCAUGAAAACAUCAACAGGGUUAGACUAUGUUGAAUCUGUUGACCUUGUGAAGGCAAGACACCGAGAAGGUCUGGAAAUGAUUCAAAAUCUUCAUAGCAAGUGUCGGCCACCCACCGUCACCUUCGUCGAGAACGAAUCAGUUUCGACCAGUAUCGGAGAGCUGGUGUCCCCUGUGCUGUGUUCAAGUCCUUUCCUCGCGAACGACGUCUUUCUGGCUACACCGCCUUCUUCUCAGUUCCAGUGGUCUGACCUACAUGUUUCAACAUAUGAAUCAAUCCCAAGAUCGUCACCACCAAAUGGUCAGAAUCCUCAAACUCCUGUCCAGCCUUCGUCACCUAAAGGGAAACAACCCUCGUCGUCAUCACAAAAGUUGUCUCCCAUGAAGUCCUAUCUAAAAGCCAUGGCAAAACGCGGGUCGAGGGCGUUUCGUAGAAGUAGUUCGGAUUCUACCCCUUAACGUCCGUUCUUCCUCAUAAGCAGGGCAUUCCUGACGAGACGGUAUCAACCAACUACAUUAUUGAACAAUGUGUUUGUUUGUAUCAAUUUGCAAUUAACAAGAUAAACAAAAUAUGGUUGAAUUACAGAUGUUUUGUUCAUCUUGUAGUGUGGUUUUCCGUGUUGAAUCUGUGAUCUAUGUACAGUUUUUAUUCCUUAUUGGAUCUUCUGGAACAUAUGGACCAUAUCAAGCAUCGUCUCCAUCCUUCAUUACAUGUGGGACCUUCCGAUAUAUGCCUAAUACAUGUGGAUCUGUUUGAUCACAUAUUGAGGAUGAUGAAACUUAAAUAGGAAACAUCAUCUGACAUCAUCUGGAUACAGUUCAGGACAUUUCUUCAUUACAUGUGGGAGUUUCACACAGUUGCCAAAACGUGACAUUCGCAUGUAUGAUUAUUAAAUGUGUAUCUUUUUUAUCAAAUAUUGAGGACAAAGUGAUUUAAUUAUGAAACAUCAUCUGGAUACAGUUCGGGACAUUUCUUCAUUACAUUGGUGGAGUUUAACAACUGUUGUCAAUUCGUGACAAAUCUGAUCUAUGAGCAUGAAUUAUGGCAGAGUAAUGUUUCCAUAGUAUUGUCACAUUAGGGUUUCCAAUGCAUCACGGUGCAGUGGCAGUAUUAUUUUGUGAUAUAUGUCUACGAUGGAAGGUUGUAGACGAUAAAAUCUUUCACUGUU